GGGCGGGGCCGGGGCGCGGAGCGGCGGCGGCGGGGUCUUCGCCCGGCCCAGCUGUGUGGGGCCUGCGGCUGCGUGGGGGAAUGAUCAUGUGCAGCUCCUAGCCGAGCGUGGCCGGCUCGCAGCACGCAGGACGGAUGAGGCACCACCCAUCCAUCAUGUCCGACUGGAUGCUGCUCGGGCUGAUCGCCGUGCUGGUCGUGCUGCUGCUGCUCACCAUCUUUGCCUUCGCCGUCUACUCAGGGCUCUUCACGGAGGUGGUGGUGAGCGCCGGCUCGCCGCCCGUCGGCAGCAUCACGCUGGCCUACAAGUUCCGGGUGGGCCCCUAUGGAGAGUCGGGGCAGCUCUUCACUGAUGGCUGCAGCAUCUCCUCGAAGCUCUGCUCCAUUGGUGUUUACUACGACAACCCGCACACGGUGUCUCCUGAGAAGUGCCGCUUUGCCAUCGGCCGAAUCCUGAGCGAGGGGGAUGCAAAGCCAUCAGAAGAGCAGAUCAGGCGGUUCCAGAAGUACGGCUUCAAGAUCUUCACCUUCCCCACGCCCAGCCACGUGGUCAUGGCGAGCUUCCCGUUCACCACACCGCUCUCCAUCCAUCUCGCAGUCAACCGCGUGCACCCAGCCCUGGACACCUACAUCAAGGAGAGGAAGCUGUGUGCCCACCCCAGGAUCGAGAUCUACAAGGAGGACCGCAUCUAUUUUGUGUGCCCCCUCGCCCGCCAAGGUGACUUCUACGUGCCCGAGAUGAAGGAGCUGGAGAGGAAGAGCAGGGCAGUAGCCGAGGCUGAAGACGCCCAGACAGACAUCACAGGUAGCACGGCUGGCACAUGGGCUCCUCUGUUCCUCCGUGUGUCACCAGCCCUCCCGAGGGGGUGUCCUGGUGUCCCUGCUGUUCUGAGCAGGAGCGCGUGGGUACACGACAGCUUGGAGCCAGAACAGCCCCCUUGGCACAGAACGGAUGCUGUGCAGGCAGGGGAGGGCCUGGCAGGAUCGGUGCCCUCAGCUCUCCGAGGAACCUGUGGUGGGCGAGACUGAUGCAGCUUCAGCCCUGACACCGUGCUCUGUGCCUUGCCGUGGGCUGUGUCUGAGCUACCUCAAGAGCACUGGCACCACGCUGGGUCUUUGACCAAAUUUGACUUCUUUUGAGGUAGAGACCUGGUGAAGCCUUGCCUGGCACCAGGAGCUCUCAGGCUUCACGCAGAGGGAGAGAGGAGUCACUGCUGUGCCAUGUCCUGGAGGAUGGGUGCCCAGCCACAGCGGGGAUGCAUUGGUCUGCACAUCCCAACUAUUCCCUCCACAUCCCAUCCCCAACCCCAAAAGCCCGCAGUGGUCCCCACAUGCCCUCCCUUUGGCUGACCCCAGUGUGCCCCAGCUGUGGUGCCAUCCCCAGCUGCUCCUCCCAGCCCGGUGUGCGGUGGGACCUAGUGCUGCUGGGCCUGCCUCUGCCAUGGAUGGGACUCAUCUCACUGGUCCCAGGGCCCCGCUGCCCUCCUGUCCCUUCCUGAAGGCUCUCCUCUGACCUGUCUGGCCAGGGGCAUCCCCGUGAGCACCUCCCCGGGAGCCUGCUGAACACCUCUUGAAACUUAGAAGAAAUGCAUUUUCCAUGUUGAGAUGCUCCCUGUGUGUCAGCACUGGCUGUGCUCCUUCUGCCUUCCAGGUGGUGUCACCAUGCUGGGUUGGGGCACGGCCUCCAGGGAUGCUGCAGGGUGGCUGGGCAGCACCCGCACCGUCCCCACUGCUCCCCACCCUGGUCCAGGCACCCUGGCCAUUUGGGGAGGUUGGAGAUAUGUCUUGCGUUGAUGCCGUGUGUAGGACCAGGCAGCCAGGGUGCUGAGCACCCAGAACCCCUACACCUUUGGUUGGGCUAUCCCUGCUGUGCUCUCUUCCCACGUGGAGAGGUGGGAGGAUGAAGAUGGAGAGGGGAGGAAGGAGGUGGUGAAGGCAGCGCCAGCCAGCAGGGGUCGGAGCGCAGCCACCGCAGGAAGGUCGGCUGACGUUUGGUGCUGUUGUCAUAAUUAACAAUGUGAAUCUGUGAUGUCAUAAUUAAAAAUGAUUAAUGUUUUAUAGGAGGGCUUUGUCUCCCAGCUGGUUGCUCCGGCAACAGCAUUCAGCUGCCGGUCUCAAUCUGACACUCUUGUCUCAUUGUCGACUCCCUAAUUGCGUUGUCAAUCGAGCUAAUGAGAUGGUGACAUGGGGAGGGGCGGUGGGCUUGAUCUGGGGGGGCUCCUAGUCCCUGGGCACCCUCCUCCUGCUCAUGGCCACCCUAUGCUACUCCAUGCCAGCACCUGUGCCAAUGACUGCGGGCAGAUCAGGGAUCACAUCCAUUCCUCCUUUCCCACGGGCACACGGGGCAGCUUGGCUCACCACAGGGAGCCAGAGGACGUGGAGCUGGGGCAAGAAAGAAGGACACACACUGCAGUGGCCAUGACAGGAAGCAGGGAGGGAUGUGGUUACCUUCACCCAGCCCCGUCCCCCUGCACAACGCUGUCAGCCUCUGGGAAGACAGGGGCUCAGCCCUGGCACAUGGCACAAGCGAGGACACCAGCAUCCCGUUGCUUGCCUGGUCAGGUCACAAGCCUUACAGGUGGUCCCCGAACGAUGCUUUGCUCCGCUCUGUAGGCUUUGGUGGCUUCAGAGGCAUGCUGGUGUGGCACCCGGCCUCCCCUUCCUCCUGCAGCA